AUGGAAGUCCUGGACGCGACUACUUACGAUCCUUUUCCCACCUUUCCUUAUACUGGCAAGCUUCGACCUGUAUACCCUUUAUCGCCUCAGAAUAAAGUUCCCUCACAUAUCGUUCAACCUGAUUAUGCUACCGACGGAAUUCCGCGCUCCGAACAGAAAAUAUUUGGCCGACAUAAUAUUAGAAUUCUUACCGAAAAGGAGCAGGAAGGAAUGAGAAAAGUUUGCCGCCUGGCACGAGAAGUAUUGGAUAUUGCGGCUCGUGAAAUAAAACCUGGAGUGACCACCGACCACAUCGAUAAAGCCGUCUAUCAAGCAUCCGUCGAGCGGAAUGGUUACCCAUCGCCCUUAAAUUAUAUGAACUUUCCAAAAUCGGUAUGUACGUCCGUCAACGAAGUCAUAUGCCACGGUAUUCCAGAUCAGCGCCCCCUUGAGGACGGAGACAUUAUAAACAUCGACAUUUCUCUGUACCAUGGUGGUUUCCAUGCGGAUCUUAAUGAGACGUACUAUGUUGGUGAUUCUGCACUAGCAGAUCCCGAGACGGUUCGCGUAGUCGAGACAGCCAGAGAGUGUCUCGACAAGUCCAUCGAAAACGUGAAGCCGGGGAUGCUAUUCCGCGAGCCAGGGAAUAUAAUCGAGAAACAUGCGAAGAGUCGGAAUUGCAGCGUUGUGAGGACUUACUGCGGUCACGGUGUUAACCAGUUGUUCCACACAACCCCGACGAUUCCACAUUACGCGAAGAGUAAAGCCGUUGGAUCGGCGAAGCCAGGGAUGUGCUUUACAAUUGAACCUAUGAUUAAUCUGGGAACCUAUAGAGAUAAGACGUGGCCAGAUAACUGGACGAGUGUAACAGUGGACGGGAAAAAAUCAGCGCAGUUUGAGCAUACGCUGCUGGUGACGGAGACCGGCGUUGAGAUUCUUACGGCAAGACUGCCGGAUUCGCCAGGAGGCCCAGUUCCGAUGCCUUCUGGAAGUGAGGAAGCUAAAGCAUGA